CAAUGCAAGUUAAAUAAAAAGUUCUUUGUUUUCAUGGAUUUGGUACAAAUUCAGAUAUUCUAUCUUAUUAAUUAAGAUAGUUUAAGAAAGAGUUCACAGAUAUUGAAUUCAUCACACUUAAUGGACCUAUUCCAUUAAAUAGGAAUGUAUAUUUUUCUAAUAUAAUUAGAUUAUUAUGGAUGAGAAUUUAGCAAAGAUGCUUGAAAAUUAGAACAUUUAUAGCUGGAUGAGUUUUCUUCAUAUGAAAAAUAAUGAUAUGAAUUCAAGUAUUUUCAAAUGCUAUAUUAAGUUUAUUCGCCUGCUUUUGAAGAAGUUGUGAAAAUAUUAAAGGAAUAAGGUCCUUUUUUUGGAGUUAUGGGAUUUUCAUAAGGAUCUUCUAUUGCUGUUAGAUUAGCAUCUAAAAUAGCAGCUGGAGAGGUGGACUUAGGGUAUGAUCUAAAAUGCUUUAUUUUUGUUUCAGCUUAAAUUAACCCUUUUGGUAACAUAGACAAUAAAUCCUAUUUAUGUAGAGUUCCAUCUCUUCAUUUAAUAGGAAUAAAUGAUUUUUUAGUAGAUAGGUAUGUUUAUUUAAUAAAAUAGAUCUUUAGGAUUAGUAGUGCAAUUUUUAAAUCCUUAUGUAAUCUAUCAUAAUCAGGGUCACAAAGUUCCCACUCUAACUUUUGAAUAGGUGAAAGAUUUAAAGAAAUUUUUUUAAAAUCCAACACAAGAUUGGAAAAAAACUGUGUAUGUACCUCAAUUAGCUAAAUUUUGA